UUGUGAUGUUUGCAAAUGAAUGCUCAAAUAAAUUUAUGACAAUUAAAAUUAAAAAUUUCUGUAAUGUUGGCUUGUUUAAGUUGUUUUGAAUUAACCUGCUGACAGAAAUGUCCUCGGGAUAUCCGAAAUGAAAACACGCUAACAGUUUCUUCUCGUCUGCGACGCUAGCGAAAACUGUACAGUUUAAAUGAAUUCGAAAUCUCAAACAGAUAGUGAGAGUAAGACUCCGGAGAUUAAAAUGUUGCCGUUUAUGCCAUCAACAAAAGUGUCUAGCUUGUCCAUCGACGAUGUAGAAAGGGACUUUGUAACUCAUGUAUCUACUGGUUUGGACAAAUCUGAAGCCGAAAGACGUGCAAGAAUAUAUGGGUUGAACGAAUUUGAUGCGGGAGCUGAAGUUCCAAUAUGGCGAAAAUAUUUUGAUCAGCUUUAGGAAUGGUUCAUUGGUAAACUUUCUUGCUAAAGAAUUAGUUUGUGGGGAUAUUGUUGUCAUAGCUACUGGUGAUCGUGUACCAGCUGAUAUACGAUUGGUUGAGGCCGUAGACCUUGAAAUUGAUGAAUCAAGCUUCACUGAGGAAACUGAACCCCAGAGGAAAUAUACGUCAUCAAUACCAGAAGCCUUAGCGAACAGUAGCCUUACGGAGCAAAAAAAAUGUUGCGUUUAUGGGCACGUUGGUUCGCUGUGGAAAUGGAAAGGUGAGUUUUUUGUAGUUGUACCAGGAAGGAAGGGCUUUAGAGGGUGUGAAUUUCAUUAUGUCUGUGAUGGACUCUUGUGUAGCCGGAGGGGGAACUGUGCUUUUCUAAAUGAAAUAAAAUGGUGAAUGGAGGGAUGGUAUUCAACUUUAUGAACUUUUCUGAAGUGAUGUUAUUGUUAUGUUGGUAAAAACAGAAGUCAAGACCUUUGGGCCUUACCAUUAAGACCGUCAUACAAUUUAAACUGUACUCUUUAAAUGUAUUUAGUGCUAACAACGGCAUUAGACAAGGUGAAAAUUUUCAAACUCUUUCUAGGUACUGAGAGCU